UUUGGUGUUGGGUUUAGGGAAAAUUCAAUAGAAAUGAUGGAUGACACGGAUUAGUUAGAUAACGAAGAGCGGAACGCCUUGUGAUGCUUUUGAUGAUUCCGUUUUUAUUAGCUCUUUUGAUCAUACAAGAAUGGGGAGUAUUGUCGGUUCAGUAUUAACUGGAUUCUCUGAAGUGUUAGGGAAAUUGUUAGGCCAUCCACUUGACUUCUUAUCUGGGAAGUCAUGCAGCACCAACUGCGGACUGAUAUGGGACCUCAUGUGUUACAUUGAGAACUUCUGCAUCUCGCAGCUGCUGAAAUUGGCUUUGGUUGUAGUCCUAUUGUACUUUGUCCUAUUAUUCUUCUACUUGUCAUACAAGUUGGGUAUUUGCCAAUGCAUUUGUCACACCAUCUGCAGAAGUAUAUGGGCAUGUUGUGCCAUCUAUUUCUCCACCUUAGAAUGUUGUUGCACUUUCCUUUGUUCUAAGCUUGAUAAGCAUAAUCAAACACGAAGGAGAAGGCGAGCUAGAGAUAUUGAAGCAUUGGGGGUUAGUUGUGAAGACAACGAUGAUCACGAUGAAGUUGAAGAAAGCUUUUCGAUGCCUUCGCCAGAGCGCAUCUCGGGCAAACAAAAGCUCCAAUCUCAUCGAGGAAGGCAUUAUAGGAAAGAACAUGUAAGAAGGUCCUUGAGGCCGAAGAGUUAUCACCCCCAUGUAGGGAUCAGAGAAAAAUCACUUAGAUUGAAACGUGAACCAUCCUUUAAGAAAUGUAAUGAUCGAGUCAAUCUUGCUGAUCAGACUACAGUGAGUAGAAGGUCAAAGUUUGUAAAAAAGAGGAAUAGUUUCAAGGGUUCAGGACAUCACCAUCGAAAGUGA